CAUGGUCUUGACAUCAGUACGAGCAACAAGGUCGAGCUAAUGUGCUGUAGCUUGGCAUACAUAAUGUAAUAUUGCCUCAUGUGAAAAACGUGGUUAACUAACAUGCGUUGAAAAUGAGGAGGAUACGAGGAGUUAAUACUUUAUCGGUUAGCGUAGCGUAUUUCCAUCUGCCUGCGAUGUCAACGACUUGUUACCGCCUGUAUGCUGUAGAGUAACACCUUUGCUAGCCACCAACGUGAACAAGUUGUCAACAUAUAAUAGCUGCCGUCGGCUAGCUGGUUAACUAUGAGCUCCACCGCAAACCACGAUAACAUGACAGGGGCAGGACCCCCCGGCGUCAGUCAAGCCGACUCUGCUGUCUCCAUAGCCGGACGUGUGAAGCAGGUCUACAGCCAUGUGAGGCUGGAGAACCUGGUUGCUGGACUCAGUGGAGGAGUGGUGUCUACACUGGUGCUUCACCCUCUGGAUCUGGUCAAAAUCAGGUUUGCAGUAAGUGACGGGCUGGAGUUAAGACCUAAAUAUAAUAGCAUUCUGCAUUGUAUGAAGAGCGUCUGGCAUCAGGAGGGGCUGAGAGGACUCUACCAAGGAGCGACACCCAACAUUUGGGGUGCUGGAGCCUCAUGGGGUCUCUACUUCCUCUUCUACAAUGCUAUCAAAGCAUACACAAAGGAAGGUCGGCAAACUGAGCUGAGUGCCACAGAACACCUGGUGUCUGCAGCUGAAGCAGGUAUACUGACACUCACCCUAACCAACCCAAUCUGGGUGACAAAGACUCGGUUGGUGCUGCAGUACAGUGCUGACCCAACCAGUAAACAGUAUAAGGGCAUGUUGGAUGCUCUGGUGAAGAUCUACCGCCAUGAGGGACUGCCUGGAUUAUACAGGGGUUAUGUUCCUGGUUUAUUUGGUACCUCUCAUGGAGCUCUGCAGUUCAUGGCCUAUGAGGAGCUUAAGCGAGACUACAACAAAUACAAGAAAAUGUCCUCAGACGAGAAGCUGAAUCCACUGGAAUAUAUUACAAUGGCGGCGCUAUCCAAAAUAUUUGCUGUGGCGACAACAUACCCAUAUCAGGUGGUGCGAGCGCGCCUACAGGACCAGCACAAUAAAUACAAUGGGGCCAUCGAUGUCAUUAGGCGGACAUGGAGGAACGAAGGUGCUGUGGGUUUCUACAAAGGCGUUGCCCCCAACUUGAUCCGUGUCACUCCUGCCUGCUGUAUCACCUUUGUAGUUUAUGAGAAUGUGUCUCGCUUCCUGCUGGGCUAAAGCAAAUGAAGCCUGACAGUGAGCCGUGGACAGCAGCGGGGAGUCUGAGGCCACACUGGCCUGUGGGCGACAGGACAGAGAUGCAGAGAAGAAAAUCGACAUUGGUUACGCAUGCAUGUUCAGAGUAGCCCAGCUAUGGGCCAUACUCCAUUUAAGGUUGUGUAAUGACUUGACAUGCAUCAACCAGAGAGUGGAUUAUCUGAGCAGCUGGGUUACAAACGGAAUGCUCUGUGUGUAUAAGCCUAGCCAAUGUGUACACCAUUCAUUUGCACUGAAGACUUAGGAAUUACCAAGUAAAGGAACAGCGUUGGUGCCAUUUUUGCAAGAGAAACCAGCAGCAAGUCCAAUAACGAGAGGUGGAUUUUUCUCUGAACAUGAAUUCUGGAUUCUCAGUGAAAAGUGACAUGCUCGUCUCCAGCUCAGAUGCAUCACCAAACAACCUUGUGGGAGACAAAGGUUGCAUGCAACACCAACCCACAUUGGAGGCUGAAAUGAUGGUCACUACUUUUUAAAACUGUGAUAUGUACGUCAGCGUUUCAUGGUGAUAUUAAAUGAGUUCAAAGAUUUCAUUGUAGUUGUGUUUACAUCAUAUGUAUUCUGCAUGGUAGUUGAAAAGGACUUAGACUCAAACGCACAAUGCUGUUAUAUGCAGCGAAAGGCACAUCAGGUUUCUCAGGUUACCGUUUGCAUAUAUGUGAUAUUAAUUUGUUUAUAUUUAAAUUCUCUUGUAUGGGCAAACUAACUACAAAAUCUGCAAGGAAACACGUAUUGUUCCUCAAAUCUUACUUGAUUUCAGAAACAUCACAGGUCAUUUCAGCAUUUUUUUAAUGAUCGUUUUUUGUUGGAGUCCUGUUUUUCCCCACAGCAAAUGCUGUUGCAUUGUCGUAACAUCAUUUUGUUAUCAGCUUUGAAUUAUCUGUGUAUUCUCAUGUCUUACACACAUACAAUAAACAUUUUAUUUUGUGGCUGUGAUGGAA